AUGCUUGUACUAAUUCUAGACGUGUAUCUGGUUGUGGUUAUCUAUAAAAGCGGAGAGAAACAGAACUAUGCUCUAACCAUUAGGGCGUAUGCUUUCAUAAGUACACUGAUGAUAUAUUUGAUUAUAGUGGAUGGGAUUAAUGUAGUGAACGGAGACAUUCUUCCCUUUUUGUACAAGUAUCCCAUAAAUAAACUGACGCCGGCAGAAAUAGUACAAGUAGAGGCGUUAAUUUGCACUUUAACUCUACACAAACCUGUGUUCAGGGCAUCGGACCUAUUUGUUGUUGGAACGGGAUUGUUAGCAUCGGUAUCAGGGACAAUUGUUACCUAUGUACUGGUUGCCUUGCAAUUCAAUGCGAAAUUUUCUCAACAAAAUACGUGUUAG